AUGCCUGAGCUUCCUGAAGUCGAAAACGCUCGACGUAUUCUAUCGCGGUCGGAAUUGAUUGGGCGCAUCUUUACCGGGAUUCACAUUGGGUGGGCCCCGACUGUUAGGGUCCCAUCUCUCGAGGACUUUGGUCUAGGCCUCCAUUCGAGACGAGUAGAAGCCAUUCAGCGCCGUGGCAAAUAUAUCCUGCUUCCCCUGGAUAACGGGGACACUUUCAUUAUUCACCUCGGCAUGACGGGGGGAGUCAGCGCUCAACCCUCUUCCCGCGAGUUGGAUCCUAUGGUGCGCCACUCCUUUGACCUGGAUGAUGGGAGAGUCCUGUGGUUCCGUGACCCCCGCAAGUUCGGGCACCUCUGGUUGACUACAUCCUUGGAGGAUGCCUUGCCCAAGUUGGGACCGGAACCCUUGUCAGAUGACUUUACCGUGGAAGCCCUGUCCUCGAAACUGGAAGGCCGCAGUGCUCCCAUCAAGGCACUGCUCCUUGAGCAGUCCGUGGCCGCCGGGCUUGGAAAUUUGUACGUUGACGAGUCCCUAUAUUAUUCUGGUAUCCGUCCGGUUCGGGAGGCGGGAAGUCUAACCGAAGAGGAGAUCGCUAAUCUGCGUAGUAGUAUCGUCAAGGUGCUCAAGGCUGCCAUUGCCCUCUACGACGAGGCGCGUGACGAACUCUGGCCAGAUCCUCCUUCUGCCCUUCACACUUGGACCAUUCCAAGGAAAGCAGGUGAACCCUGUCCUCGCUGCGGCACACCCAUAUUAGGCAUACGGUUGAGGGGGCGCGGCACUUUCUUCUGUCCCACCUGCCAGCCAGAGGCCUAG